GUUCGUUUGCCGGCCGCAACACAUAUUAUAAAUACAUGCUUUUGCAACUGCACCUCCAACCAACACAUGUUAAAAAUGGCCUCCUCAAAGCUCCUCGCAGUAGUUUUUCUCUCUUCUCUUCUAGCCCUCCACGCCCCAAUGACCACCACCGCAGCAAACUCCAACCUCUUCCGGGACUACAUCGGUGCCAUCUUCAAUGGCGUCAAGUUCACCGACGUGCCCAUCAACCCCAAGGUCCGGUUCGACUUCAUCCUCGCCUUCGUCAUCGACUACACCACCGCCACGGAGCCGCCGACUCCGACCAACGGCCAGUUCAACAUCUUCUGGCAGAACACGGUCCUGACCGCCUCCGACGUCGCCUCCAUCAAGCAGAGCAACCCCAACGUGAGGGUCGCCGUCAGCCUCGGCGGCGCCACCGUGAACAACCGGCCGGUGUUCUUCAACAUCACCUCCGUCGACUCCUGGGUCAAGAACGCCGUCUCCUCCCUCACCAAGAUCGUCCAGGAGUACAACCUCGACGGCAUCGACAUCGACUACGAGCAGUUCCAGGUCGACCCGGCCACCUUCGCCGAGUGCGUCGGCCGCCUGGUGACGACGCUCAAGAGCAACGGGGUGAUCAAGAUGGCGUCCAUCGCCCCGUUCGACAACGCCGACGUGCAGCGCCAUUACCAGGCCCUGUGGAACAGCUACGGGAGCGUCAUCGACUACAUCAACUUCCAGUUCUACGCGUACAGCGCGAGCACAACGGAGGCGCAGUAUGUGAGCCACUUCGACAACCAGAUUGCCAACUACCCAGGAGGCAACAUCCUCGCCAGCUUCACCACGGCGCCGACGACGACAUCGGUGCCGAUUAACACGUCGUUAAACGCCUGCCAGACUCUGCAGUCGCAGGGGAAGCUCUACGGUAUCUUCAUCUGGGCUGCAGAUCAUUCCAGGAGCCAAGGGUUCAGAUACGACACACAAGCACAGGCACUGCUAGCCAACGCCCCCAGUUACUAGUUACCUUACCUUCAUUGUGUUUCAGUUUGAUUUUUCAUCUGGGGCAAUAAUGCAGAAUAAAUAAAGUGUCGUAGAUUGAUAUUGUUGGAGCAAGAAUAAAAUUUCGAUUGUAAUGCAUCUAUACCUGCAGCCGAUUCUUCGUUGAGUUUAUUAUGUGCUAUUGAAAUUGUCCAAUCUGUGGUAUUCAA